UUUCCCUAUACACAGUAACAAAUUGCGCAAAAAUCAUCAAAUCUGGAACUGGAGCGCCUCCCCGUUUCUGAUUUCUUUUCCGCCAUUAUUUUUUUAUUGAGCUCCAACCGUUAACCCACUGACUGAAGAUUAUAGGAUUCUUCUUCCUUCACCCUUUGAUUCUUCUUUCAAAGCAACAAAGAAAAUCGACAUGUUCUACCGAGGUAAAUUUACUGAUGGUGCUGAUGGGCGUGAAAUGGGUGCAAAACGUCAGCGGAUAAUUGAUCAAGGCCCUUCAUACUAUGGUACUUCUCCAGGUUCAAGCUUCAUGUACAGUGCCCCUCCUCCUCCUUACUCAUAUGUUAGUCAACCUCCACCUUUCCCUGUUGUUCGACUUCGUGGACUUCCCUUUGAUUGCACAGAGGCUGAUGUGGCUGAGUUCUUCCAUGGUCUGGACAUAGUUGAUGUCCUUUUUGUCCAUAAGAGCCGCAAGUUCACCGGUGAAGCUUUUUGUGUUUUGGGUUAUCCUCUUCAGGUUGAUUUUGCCCUUCAGAAGAAUAGGCAAAACAUGGGCAGAAGAUAUGUAGAGGUUUUCAGAAGCAAGAGACAGGAAUAUUACAAGGCAAUAGCUAAUGAAGUGGCUGAUACUCGUGGUGGUUCACCUCACAGAAAUGUCCCAAGGGCCAAAUCUGAUGAUGAAGCAAAGGACUCUGCUGAACAUACAGGGAUACUGAGAUUGAGGGGAUUGCCAUUUUCUGCAGGAAAAGAUGAUAUAGUGGAGUUCUUUAAAGAUUUUGUGUUAUCAGAAGAUGCAAUUCAUAUAGUAAUGAAUACAGAGGGAAGACCAAGUGGGGAAGCAUUUGUGGAGUUUGCCAAUGCAGAAGAUUCUAAAGCUGCAAUGGCCAAGGAUAGGAUGACACUUGGGAGACGUUAUAUUGAGUUGUUCCCUUCAUCCCCUGAGGAGAUGGAUGAUGCACUUUCAAGAGGACGGUGACUCUUCUGACAAUAUCUUUGUUUUUAUUUGCACUCUAAACCUGUUAUGAUUCCUUACCUUGUUGUAUUUCAGUCCAGCUGGAAAAUUUAUUACUAGUCUCAUCGAGUCAAUAGUAAGAUACCUUUUAAGUGCUAUUUUCUGAGAGCAGGUUGUUCUAUGUUAUGGGUUAAAUACAAGAAGCUUCGGUCUUUAUUAGUCUUUCAUCUGAUCUGUCUAGUCCUUGAUUGUGGCUUGACAAACUGGUCACUGGGUUACAAGUCGAAUUUCCUCUGAACAUUUUAGGCCAAUCAGAUGAUUUUGCUUUGCAAUUUUAGGUGUAGCUUUAUGUUCAAUUUGUUAGUCAUAACAUGUGAUAUUUUGUAACCUUGUUAGGAUUCUUUUGAUAUUAAUAGGGUAAAAAGAGUGUAUGAACAAGUUUUUAUCUCA